CCAUGCAUGCAAGCAGUUAUAUAAGCAUAUGUCUGCCUCUACGAUCCCAUCCGAUGGCAAUGAGGCAAUCAAAGCUGAGAGCAGUGUCGGCAAGGCCGUGGUUGUUACUCCUUUGCCUCGCGCUAGCAGCCACCGCCGGCGUAAUGCAAGCUCGCGCCCAGCCUAACAGCAUCGGUUUCAUCAGCAUCGACUGUGGUUUCCCGGGGACGACGAGCUACGUGGACGACGCCACGACGCUGCCGUACGCCCCGGACGCUGCGUUCACCGACGCCGGCGAGAACCACAACGUCUCGUCUGAGCACGUCACGCCGGAGCUCCCGAGGAUCUACCGCGACGUGCGCAGCUUCGUGGACGGCGCGCGUAACUGCUACACGCUCCCGUCGACCCUCGCGGUGGGGCUCAACAAGUACCUCUUCCGCGCCGCCUUCAUGUACGGCAACUACGACGGCCUCAACCGGCCGCCCGUCUUCGAUCUCUACAUAGGCGUCAACCUCUGGAAGACGGUGAACCUGUCGUCGUCGGACCCGGCCGCCCCAGUCAUCGCGGAGGCCAUCGUUGUCGUACCGGACGACUUCGUCCAGGUUUGCCUGGUGAACACCGGCACCGGGACGCCGUUCAUCUCCGGGCUGGAGCUGAGGCCUCUCAAGAACUCCAUCUACCCGCAAGUGAAUGCGACACAGGGGCUGGUCCUGCAAAGCAGGCGCAACUUCGGCCCGACUGAUAUGACAGACAUUAUCAGCAGGUACCCUGACGAUCAAUACGACAGAUUAUGGACACCUAUGAUUAUUGACGCCAUCGACUGGCUGGUGCUAUCCACGACGGAAAAGGUGCGGAACAUAUAUGAUGACCUCUUCGAGGUGCCGUCGAAGGUGAUGCAGACGGCGAUCACGCCGCGUGACGCUACCAGCAGCAUCAACUUCUAUUGGAACUCCAAGGGCUCGUCGCUUGGGUACAUACCGGUCUUCCACUUCUCCGAGGUGCUGCAGGCGGGCGCCGGCGUUGUUCGCCAGUUCAACAUCAACAUCAACGGCAAGCGGUUCACCUCCCAUGAUUAUUACACACCACGGCACCUCGAAAGUGGCUACGUAUACGGUACCAGACCUUACACCAACCAGAUCCGGUAUAACGUCUCCAUCGUUAAGACAGACACGUCAACGCUCCCGCCUAUCAUCAACGCCGACGAGAUUUUCAUCGUCAUCUCUACGACCAACGUUGGCACGGACUCGGAGGACGUCUCUGCUAUGAAGGCUAUCAAGGCGAAGUAUCAGGUGAAGAAGAACUGGAUGGGAGACCCGUGCGUUGCUGGGACUUUUAGGUGGGAUGGACUGACGUGCAGCUAUGCCAUUUCUGAUCCUCCAAAAAUUACUGCCCUAAACAUGUCCUUCAGUGGUCUGACCGGUGACAUAUCAUCUGCUUUCGCAAAUCUCAAGGCUGUCCAAUCCUUGGAUUUGUCACACAACAACCUGACGGGCUCAAUCCCUAGCUCCCUGUCACAACUGCCGUCACUGACAACUCUAGAUUUGACGGGGAAUCAGCUCAGCGGACCAAUACCCUCUAGUCUUCUCAAAAGAAUCCAAGACGGCUCCUUAAACCUAAUCUAUGCCGAUAAUCCAGACCUUUGCACCAACGCCGGGGAUUCAUGUCAGACGGCGCCGCAAGGAAAGAGCAAGCUAGUCAUCUACUACGUCGCUGUUCCUAUGGCUCUGAUCGUGGUGGCGUUGGCAGUACUGCUGUGUUGUCUUCUGCGGCGGCGAAAGACGCGAGGGCUAGCGGACGUCUCUGUGAAGCCCCGGGACAAGACUCCGACGAGCCUUGCUUCAAUGGCGGCCGACGAACACAGACUUAGCUCGCUGCGGCUUGAGAACCGCCGGUUCACAUACGAGGACCUAGAGAUGAUCACCGACAGCUUCAAGCGUGUCAUUGGCCGGGGCGGCUUUGGAUACGUCUACGAGGGCUUCUUGGAGGAUGGCACUCAGGUGGCGGUGAAGAUGAGGUCUCAGUCGUCCAAUCAGGGUGCCAAGGAGUUCCUCACGGAGGCACAGAUCUUGACACGGAUCCAUCACAAGAACCUUGUCUCCAUGGUCGGCUACUGCAAAGAUGGGGUGUACAUGGCGCUUGUCUACGAGUACAUGUCAGAAGGAUCCCUGCAGGAGCACAUUGCAGGAAAACGCUUGACUUGGGGGCAGAGGCUUCGAAUCGCAUUGGAAUCAGCGCAAGGGCUAGAGUAUCUGCACAGGGGCUGCAACCCGCCUCUGAUUCACAGGGACGUGAAGACCAGCAACAUCCUACUGAACGCGAAACUGGAGGCCAAGGUUGCUGAUUUCGGCAUGUCAAAGGCUCUAGACCGCGACACCUAUGCGUCCACGAACACUCUUGUUGGCACACCAGGAUACGUCGACCCAGAGUACGUACCUGGAAACAAUGCAGCCAAGCACCAAGAGCGACGUGUACAGUUUCGGCGUGGUGCUCCUGGAACUGGUCACAGGGAGACCUCCUAUCCUGCACAGCCCACAGCCCACCAGCGUGAUCCAGUGGGCACGGCAGCACCUGGCGCGCGGCGACAUCGAGGUCGUGGUGGACGCGUCCAUGGGAGGCAACCACGACGUCAACAGCGUGUGGAAAGCCGCGGAGGUCGCGCUCCAGUGCACCGAGCAGGCGUCGGCGCAGCGCCCCACCAUGGGCGACGUGGUGGCGCAGCUCCUGGAGUGCCUCGACCUCGAGAAGGGCCGCUCCGCCAACGAAAGUUUCUGCGACGGAGACGACAGCGGCUCCGCGACCGCGAGCUUGAGCCACAGCAGCGCAUUUGUGACGGGGCGUAUUUUUGGGACGGUGCCAAUGGUGGAGACAGGCCCUGCCACGAGGUAAACGCUAGUUGACGCUGUUUCACAAAGGCACAUGGAAGUGUUCACAAAUUUUUUAUAUGAAAAACUUCUUAUUCAAACGUAUGAAAUAAGAACAGCCUGGAGCAGGCCUCUUUGUUAGGAUCAGCUGAUCCAAAUGGUUCUAAGUCUGAAGUCUGAACGAUAGGCGCGCUCCGCUGCGCCCGCUCCUGUCAUGAGCACUUUGAUGUAUGCUGAUUUUUUUUUGGACUGUCAUGUAUGCUGUAUGUUUGCAUCGUCACGGAAGGAUUACCAUGACACAUGUCAUAUAAAAA